AUGAACUCAACUGUUACUCACAUCAACCAACCUCAUCAAGUAUUCUUCACUAUGCGUACGUCCAGGCGUUACCAACCCUAUUCAACUUCUUUAAACAACAACAACAACAACAGCAUUCAAGACGCUCCUCUAUUUGGUCCUAUUCCAUGUCUCUCAUCCGCUUCUCCAUCGUCCUCUUCUUCGUCUUCAACAUCAUCGCCAUCGUUAUCCUUUGCUGCUGCCUCCUCCCCUUCCAUUACAUCAUUAAAUAACGCAUCUAUUUUAGAAGAUAAUGAAAUCUUCAGUGAAUUUGAUGACUUUAUCUCUACACCCGCAAGCAACUAUCUCGCUUCUCCUCCUCCCUCUCCUCUUUUAUCACCUAGUAAUAGCAGUUUCAACAACGAUAACCAUGACGAGGAUGAUUUUGAUUUCUCUGAUUUUCCUUUAUUUUCUUGA